AUGUUAACGUUUUCCGCCAUUCAAGGAUACAUUUCUCGCAGUCGAAUAGAAAGAAGUGCUUGUUCCAAGAUGCUAUGGUUUACCGUAUGGAAUGUCUUCUUUGCAAAUGUACUGUCAGGAUCAGCUCUCUAUCAAGUCAAUGUCUUCCUUGAGCCCAAAAAUAUUCCCAGGUUACUAGCUGAAGCUGUCCCGGGUCAGGCAUCGUUCUUCAUUUCAUAUGUUGUCACUUCUGGGUGGACUAAGCUAUCAUCAGAACUCCUCCGAUUGGUUCCUCUGGUUUGCAGUUUUUGGAAAAGACUCUUUUCAGGCAAAGAUGGGGAUGAAUUUGAGGUUCCAGCAAUUCCUUACUAUAGUGAUAUCCCCACUAUUCUCUUCUUUGGACUUCUGGGUAUAACAUACUUUUUCCUUUCACCUCUAAUUCUGCCAUUUCUCUUGGUUUACUUUUGCCUUGGAUACAUCAUCUUUCGCAACCAGCUUGCUUGCUGUGAACAUCUGAGCAGUACAAUCCACUUUUCUCUGCCUUCACCUUUCCACUCUGAUGCUAUACAACUAUAG